GGGAAAACAGAAAUCCUAAUUUCCUCCCCCUUCUUUCUACCUCUUCUCUCUCUCUCUCUUUCGUUCUCUUCUCCGCCCCUCUCUCGGUUAGGGCUCCGCCGUCCGCCACCUGAGACCACCAUCUGGCUGCUAUAAUUGGUGACAUGGCAGACCUCCAGCAACAAAGCCAAUGGGAGUUCAGCUGAACUUUUAUGAUGAACCAUGGCCUAGGAGAGUUUGUACCAUUAGAACAAUGUAAUAAAAAAUAGAUUGAAGGAUACUUGGAUUCUGUUGUUCGCUGGCCACAGUGUAUCUAUUUCUGUAACAUGAUGAUCAGUGACUUGGAAGUAGACUAUGAGUCUGAGGAGAAUGCUUCCAUGGUCUAUGCAGCAUUAGCUGUUGAUAAGGAGUUGCAGCCAGACAAAGUGAAAAGGCAGAUGGCAGUAUCAAAUGGAAAACUCACCGUACAUUUUGAGGCAGUGGAAGCAAGAUUUCUUCGUGCAUCAUUUAGUGCUUUUGUGGACGUCCUUACACUUGCCACAAAAACGAUUGAAGAAUUUGGACAAGGAAUGGAAUUGUGACACCCAUUCACGAUUCACCUACCUAGCACUGCUGUUUUUCUUUAAAAUGUGCUCUCUCUCUCUCUCUCUCUCUCUCUCUCUCUCUCUCUCUCUCUCUCUCUCUCUCUCUCUCUCUCUCUCUCGUGGUUUUGACAUCUUCUUAAACCUUGAUCUAUGCUGUAGUUUGUAAUUUUUUUUUUUUUUUGUUAUGAUUUAUGAAUACUAAUUUGAUCCUAACAUGUAGUGUUAUAUAUUUUACUUGA